CAAUACAAACACCAAAUUUUGCUCCAAGAAUGCGGGUCGUCGGCACUAACAUCACCACUAGCAGCGACUCCGGAUAAGUCCAGCCUAGUAAAGCCAGCCUUCUCAUUUAUUGGAUACGUACACUUUUAGAGCCCGUGCACGCGUGGCCACGAAAUGGAUCCCGCGGCGCAGCGCCAGAGCGUUGUAACAGCCCUGGAGAACUCUGGGGCUGAACUGGAGCUCUUUCAGCAGGCCGAUCUCGAUAUCCUGUGGGAACAACGGUAUUGCACCGUCCGCAGCCUCCGAAGUGCCACUCGUCAGGGCCUUGAAGGCGUUGGGCUGCCGCGUGGCCUCGUUGACCACAUCUUGUCGCUGCAAGGUGCGCACGGCCGAUGAUGCGCGAAAGUUGUGCGUUAUCUUUGGGGCGUAGCAGACCCACAUCUCGUCGCGAUAGUCUCGACAGACCCGGGGCAGUUCGCCCAACCUUUUAUUUACAACCCCCCGCCAAGCAGCAGGGGGAGGGGCGUUGCGGGGGAGGGGCGUUGGGUUUCGCGAAAGCCCGAAUCACAGGAAAUUUCCGGGGAUGGGGCCCCGGAAGUUUGCCCAAAACUCCGGCCAAAACUCCGGCCCAUUCGCCGGAAGUUUGCACCGCCAGUUCGAACGAGCCAACCCCAGUCGACCCCGAACUUCCAAAACUCCGGCCAGCGAGCACAGUCCAAUGCUGACCGAACUCGCAGCUCCCGCUAUGGCGCGAGCGCGCCCCGCUUUAUUUCCUUUGCCUUACGGAGCCUCGUUACUCUCCGGAAGCUCCUGCGCCUCUCGUGACCCUUCAUAUUAUUUAUCGGCUCGGCCCUGGCAACUUGGCGCCAUCGGCGAUAGAGGGCUGCGCGAAGACCCGCCACAGCAGCAGGUGCGCGGUGGGCAGAUAGAGGG